AUGUUGAAAGAGAUACACUUCCGGCAGUUUCGCAAGGCCCAGCGCACGAGUCGUGUGGGGCUAGUGAAUAGAACAGCAGAAGCCGAGGAGAUCCAUCGCCCCCUGGUGAUUGCGCUUCCUCGUCCCGCGGCAACUCGGACACAGCCCAGUGAAGGCCUCGCCAGGGCGAAGGCGAAAGGCGUGUCGUCAUCGCUGGUGGAUGAUGAGAAACAACACACUCAUCGCCCAAUUGAACUAAAGGCUGGAGAUAAGGGAGGAAAUAUGGCCAACAAAGUCCGUAGUAAGGAAGAGGUGUCAAAAACACAAAGGAAGCGGGCCAAAGCAGGGCAACCCCACAUCCCUAAACAGAACUGGGCAAAGAAGAAUCAACAGUCUCCAGGAGCCAAAACUUCUGGUAAGCGAGUUCGUUUCCUUGAUGAGGAGAUCAUGUCUUCACAUGAACCAAGUGCAGACCACCUUUCCGAAUCUUCAGAUGAUUCCUUCACAGAUCCUCCUUCAGGUGUGGAGCAGAUUCAAGUCCAACGACCCAUUGCUGGACAGCAUUCUGUCCACGGCGAGGGGCAAGCUUCAGGAAUACAUAGUCCUGUCAGCAGCUUAUCAAUCUCGGAUGAGAGUUGUAUCGAUGUGGGAAACGUAGCAUUAGAGGCCGAAGUGCACCAGGGUGGGGAAGAAAAUGUUUGGGAUGAUGCCGCCUUCAGAAUCCCAACGAGUCCCUCUUCUACCACCUCCGAGCAGGACAGCAACAUUGACUUCGAUGGAAAUGUAUCCGAGCAAACCAGAUUUUAUGGGCAGCAAGCUCGCUCACCAUUGGGCAACGUCGAAGAUCCUCCACUUCGAAAACGUCCCGGCGAGUCGUCUCCUCACCCAAUAUUUGUAUUGCGUCCAGGUAGUCAAAGCUCCAUAGGCGACAAGCAACAUUCUCGGGUGAACAACAUCGCGUUAUCAACAUCGCAGAAUUCGAAACGCAAGCAGCGAUUUACAAUCCCACCUAAGGGCGAAAGUACGAAGAAGUAG